GUGGCACUGUCGAUCAGCGCAAAAGCGGAAGUUUCGAAAACCGGAGUUUGAAAAUUAUACUUUUCGAAAUAUACACUUGUACAUAUAUAAGUUUAGGAGCAUAUAUACACAGUGAAAUGGCUAUGAAGUAUGUGAACUUCUGCCGUUGGUUCGCCGUUUUGGUGUUGUUGCAGACCAUUAUGCCACCUGGAGCAGAGAGCAAGCCUAUGCCUGGGAAGAAAGCAAAUAUGGCGCUCAGCGCCUUGGCUGGCAUGACCGCGGGCCAUUUGAUAGGACGUGCCGUCGCCGCUCGUCAUGAGAAAAAGGAAAAACUAGAUAUGAGCGAACACUUGCCACCAAAUUGCAGAAGAGAGGUUAGAACUGAACGGGAUAAGGAUGACUGGAACAAGUUCAUUGAAACCAAAUACAUUGUAUGCGAUCCGCUUCCAAAUCAACAACCGCAACAACCACAACAACAGCAAAUUCAAAUUGUUCAGCCGUCGGCGGUAGUACCCGCUCAACCGGCCGCGUCAGCUGCCCAACCAUCUGUUAUUCCGCAGCCAAGUCAGGAGCAGCCAGCAGGCUACCAACAACCCCCCGUGUAUGGUCAGCCAAUCGGAUUUGUCCAACCACCUCAGCAAGCCGGUCAACCGUCGGCACAAGCUCCCCAAACAGUCCAAUCCCCACAACCGGUUCCACCAGUUCAAACAGUACAAAUACCUCAAGGUGUCCAAACAGGUCCACAACCAAUGCAACCGGUUCAAGUGGUUCAACAGGCUCAACCUGCCCAACCGGCUCAAGGCCCUUCACAAGUAUUUGUUAUGUCGAAGAAAACAGGUUACUUCAGAAAGAACUCUGCCGACCAGUUACUGCACUCCAAUAUCGUCCUGUUGAUGAUGAUGGCUUUCCUUCUCAUUUGGUUCCAGUAGAUCCUACUUUUCUUUUGUGUCACUUUAGCUUUUAAUGUGCUUAAAAGAGACGUUCGAAAUAUUUACUUUAAGCUCGUUUAGUACAUAAAAAUUUCCAUUAAUAAAAGAGACGUUUGAAUUGCAUAA